GGGCUGCGAGUUGCAUUUGGUAAGACCCAGCCCGGAAUAUAUAGAUCACUGGAGCGCAAUGAAGUAGCCUUUGGAGAGGAGGGAGGGGGCCCGUCCGACAGCCCCAGCGGCCAGCGCAGCGGCGGCACCAUCCGCGCUCGCACCCCAGCCGCCCGGCCCGCGAGGAGGCAGCGCGGCGGCCGCCGGCGGGAGCGGAGGCGGCGGGGAGGUGGAGAGGAGCAGCAGGAGGAGCAGGGCGCGCAGCCGGCGGGUCCACGCAUCUCCGCACUUCCAGAGCAACUCCGGCGCCUUCCAUACCCCUGCCCGGGGCUGGGGGCUCCGAGAGCGGCCGCGAAGCCCUCCCGAUCGUUCCCGAUCUGCCCAGCCCUGCCCUGCGCCUCCCGGGCUCCGCUCCGCGCGGCAGGGUCCCGGCUCCUGCGCCCCGGACGCGCCUCCCGGACACCCCGGUCCCCGCAGCCAGGACAAAGCCAUGAAGCCGGCGCUGCUGGAAGUGAUGAGGAUGAACAGAAUUUGCCGGAUGGUGCUGGCCACUUGCUUGGGAUCCUUUAUCCUGGUCAUCUUCUAUUUCCAAAGUAUGUUGCACCCAGUCAUGCGGAGGAACCCCUUUGGUGUGGACAUCUGCUGCCGGAAGGGGUCUCGAAGCCCCCUGCAGGAACUCUACAACCCAACCCAGGUCUUCCCUGUCUCUCACCUGCACUCCCUUCUGGAAAAAUGGACUCCUGAGUUUGUGCAUCAUGGGUGGCCUAACCAGGUGAAUUCACUCCCUCGUCAGCCCCACUGCUUUGGAGUUCUAGUGUGGCGAGGCCUGAUUAGCCAGCUGGAGCUCUCGAACACCGCCGUCCUGCACCAGAUGAGGCGCGACCAGGUCACGGACACCUGUCGCGCCAACAGCGCCCUGAGCCGCAAGCGGCGGGUGCUGACCCCCGGCGACCUGAAGCACCUGGUGGUGGACGAGGACCACGAGCUCAUCUACUGCUACGUGCCCAAGGUGGCGUGCACCAACUGGAAGCGGCUCAUGAUGGUGCUCACCGGGCGGGGCAAGUACAGCGACCCCAUGGAGAUCCCGGCCAGCGAGGCGCACGUGGCGGCCAACCUCAAGACCCUGAACCAGUACAGCAUCCCGGAAAUCAACCACCGCUUGAAAAGCUACAUGAAGUUCCUGUUCGUGCGCGAGCCCUUCGAGCGCCUGGUGUCGGCCUACCGCAACAAGUUCACGCAGAAGUACAACACGUCCUUCCACAAGCGCUACGGCACCAAGAUCAUCCGGCGGCAGCGCAAGAACGCCACGCAGGAGGCGCUGCGCAGGGGGGACGACGUGCGCUUCGAGGAGUUCGUGGCCUACCUCGUCGACCCGCACACGCAGCGCGAGGAGCCCUUCAACGAGCACUGGCAGACGGUGCACUCGCUCUGCCACCCGUGCCACAUCCACUACGACCUCGUGGGCAAGUACGAGACGCUGGAGGACGACUCCAACUACGUCCUGCGGCUGGCGGGCGUGGGCAGCUACCUGAAGUUCCCCACCUACGCCAAGUCUACGAGAACUACUGACGAGAUGACCACAGAGUUCUUCCAGAACAUCAGCUCGGAGCACCAGACGCAGCUGUACGAAGUCUACAAACUCGAUUUUUUAAUGUUCAAUUACUCAGUGCCAAGCUACCUGAAGCUGGAAUAAAGGGGGCGUGGGGAGAGGGGAGAGAAUCGUGCUUUUUAAUUUAAGAUUUUUAUUUGUCAAAAGAAAUUAUAUGGAUAUUGGGUUAUUUUGUAAAGUAAUAUUUCUUUGGGGAAUGAUGCUGCGAGCAGCAUGGUUGAGAAUUAUUUAAAAUCCUUAGUAGGGAAGGACGGCUGUCUUUGCGGGGGAAUAGGAUGGGUGUCCUUGUGCUUAGACGUGAAUACCUGCAACACUGCCUCAGAGGUUUCCUUGUGCUCUGGUGAAUUCCACGGAUUGUGCGUCCCAGAAAUUCUAAUUAAUAUUAUUUAUCGUUAUUUAAACAUGGUCUCUGUGUAGAUUUCUUUCUGUGGCAGCAAGAUCCUGAUGUCUUUGCAGAAGAAGUGUGUGUUUUUGUUCUGUGCUUGCUACAAGCUCAUUCUGGGGCAUGAAUGUUCUCCUCGCUCACAGAGUUAACUGUGUGUUGACCCUUGUGAUGUCCGUUGAUACCACCCUUCUUGGAAAUCGGUGAGAAAUAAGUAGAAAAAGGCACCUUUGCAAGGGACUGAUUCCAAACAGAUUCCAAGCAACCCAAGAGUCUGUUGCGCUAAGAAAAAAAAAGAAAAUUUGAUUUUUUCUUUUUUUUAACCCAAGGAGAAGAGCUCAGUGUAGUUUUUUUUUUUUUUUCUUUUCCACCAGAAUUAGCAGUCUGAUAAAAUAGGCUUUUCUACAGAAAUUCUUAACUGGCAGUGCCAGUUGUAAUAGUGAAGUGGCUGUUACUUUAUAGUCAACAAGUAUUUAUUGAGCAACUACUAUGUGCUGGGCCUAAUUGUAGGCCCUGCGGAUAGAGCAUGGAACAAAACCAAUGGUCUCGGCCCUCAAGAAGCUUUAUGUGGACACAGUUUCCAGCUCGACAAUUAGCAAACCCCUCAUAUUCAUGGACGUUACAUGAGGUUUGGACCAUUUUGAACAACCCCAGAAGGCCCAUGACCCCUACAGAUUUGCGUUUUUCUCUGGCCCAAAUUUGAAAACCACACACUUAGAACAGGCCACUCGGUGAGUAAUCCAGGCUCUUCACCCAACACAAGAGAAGACAAAAGUGUUUCCCAUCAUGUGUCCACUCCAAUGGAUUGGUAGUGUCCGCCUUUAAGCCCCAGAACAGAUUCACCAGGCACAGCAUGGAAGGGGGGCUGUCACUGAUGAGUGAUGUCUGCCUUGGCGGGGAGGGAAGGGGAUCAUUCCGCCCAUGCCUCUUCCUGUCCCGUCAGCCCCGGCACCCACGCCUCCGCGUGGAAGUGUUCUCUCCUCUUUGCCAUGUGCAAGAGUGAGAAGCUGUGGCAGACCUCGUACAUUUGGGACCUGGAGUGGUCUGGCAUUUCUCCCCUGGUGAAGGUCAGAGGUGGACCCCCUGUACACAUACGCACGCACAUACCCCUCCCAAGUCCUCCGGAGGCCGAGACCAUCCACACCUUGGCGAGCACCAUGCAUGAGCAGCAAGGACAGCCUUCCAUGACUGUAAUCCAUGCCCCUUUUCCUGCGGAAGGUCGGAAACAUUCUACUUCCUGUUCCUUGCUAAUUACCAUCUGCACAUGCUUCUCAUUUUCCAGCCAUUUCGAUGCCUCGGUUGAAAUUUGGCCACAUCCCUCUUACAACUAGUGAAUGAGUUGGUAGCAAAUCCUGUAUAUAAUAAUAAUUAUAGUUGUAAUAACGGGGUGGGGUGGGAUGGGGUGUGGGUAAGUUUUGCUUUUUGUUUUGUUUUUGAUGCAGUAUAUAGCAAAGGGGUGAGAAUAUUCUAAACAAACAGAAAUGAAUAAUUUAUUCACAGAAACUAUUAGAAUUGUAUUGGAAAGCUCACAGCCAGCUCAGCAGCAGCUGCUGAAUCUCACUGAGGACAUGAUUUUAUUGAAUGUGAGUGAGGUGUGCACUGGGGAGGGGGCGGCCAAAGCUUUUUAUAAAAUGUUGUGUCCCUUCGUCCAAGCUCUCUCCCCUUUGUGAAGGGCACAGCGACUGUGCCCUCCAUGGACAGAGCUGUAUGCCAUGUGUUUUACUGAAUAGAGCGACAGACCUCAGCUGUCCCUGGAAUUGGGAGUCUGGGCCCUGUUUCCAGGCAGGGGACACUGUCCUCCAAAAUAGGGCUUCUGCUAAUGAAACAUUGUCCAGCAUUUCCUGAUAUGUGCUCCACAGAACAAAAAGGUUCUAGGAGAUGUGAAGUUAGUGUGAUGCAAAAAAAAAAAAAAGAAA